CUUCCUCAAUGCUGUGAGUGUACUCGUCGGUUGUUAAACUCCGUCUUUUCACCGGAAUAUCCCUCCCUUUGGAGAUUAUCAAUAUCAUAUUGUGGGUCUCUUUUGAAGUUCUGAACUGAAAUCCGGCUUUCAUACUCAUAUAGUGAAACACUGAUGAUGGAGAGUAGUGCUGCGGACCAAAUGGCUGACACUAGUGACAGUUUUGAUUCAUUAUCAAGCCUGGUCAGCCAUGUAUCUGAUCAUGACUCCACCAGUCCUAAUGUUCAGCCUUUGGACGGCACGAGCCCUGCUGAUGAAGGCAACGAGAUGGAAGAAGCUGGAGGGCCGGAUUCGGGCAUAGGAUCCUCCUUUGUGGACAACCAUGGCCCAAGUCAGACGGCUGCAGCGGGUGACAGCCAGGCAAGUGGGGCUGCCGGAAACACCGCCACCAUUCCUGACGAUCCCUUUAGUAAAUUUGCUCAGGACAUUCGUGCCAGUGUUCCUGACGGAGACAACGUGGUCUCUGAGCCUGUUCCUGAGCAGUCCAGAUUUGCCAUAACAGUGAAAAAUUUGGAUGGAGACGACGAGAUGGAAGCAGCUGGAGGAGAUUCAGACAUGGGAUCCUCCAUUGGUCCUUUUCCACUGGAUGUGGACAACCGUGGCCCAAGUCAGAUAGGUGCAGCCGGUGACAGCCAGGCUAGCGAAGCCGCCGGAAACACCACCACCACUGCCGAUAAUGUUGCUCAGAACACUCCUGACAGUGUUCAUGAGGUCACUAUGGGCUCUGAGCCUGUCGAUGGUCGUCAACAGUUAGGAUCCGGAGUGAAGUAUGGCGGACCAGAUGACGUGGCUAGUUGUGCAGAACGUAUACACGAGAUCAAGGACAGAAGUGACGUUCAAGGACAAGACGGAGUACUUGUUGACAACGAAAUUUUGCGAAUAGCAGACAACAGAUAUCACGAAAAUUCUGAGUAUGACAGAGUGAAGCUGCUGGGGGAGGGUUCUUUUGGCACGGUAAAGCUAAUUGAAGACAGGCAGUCCAAAGUAAAGGCCGUCGAAAAAUGCAUUCCACUGAAGCGUUUUUGUCUAAAUGAGGCCAUCAAUUGGUGCCGUCUCAACCAUCCAUCUAUUGUCAGGUUCCUGGGUUUAAUCCUGACAGACGUCACAGUCAGGUACUUCUCAGGGUACAACGUUGGGUACCAGACCAUUGAGCAAAGAAAAAUUCAACGUGGCAGCUGGAGGAUUGAGACACAACAAGCACUUUCUCUAAUCGAGCAACUGUUUCAAGCUCUUGACUACAUACACUCGAGAGACAUUGUGCACGGGGACAUUCAUGGGGGCAACAUCCUCAUUAAUGAGUCUGCAGACAGGAUAUCCCUUAAGAUGAUUGAUUUUGGGGACUCCGAGAAGAUAGAUGGCCAUAAUUAUCGUCGUGACGUAAGGUGUGCCAUUGAGAUUUUGAAGCGUCUUUGUGGGGCUCGUCUAAGCUACGACAAUCAGGUAAACUAA